AGCAGCGGUGCGCCACAGUGAAGCCUGACGCUUGACUUAGACCGAAAAGGCACACAAAAGUUAUUAGUGGACUUAAAAAAACUGCAACUUGGGCGAACAUCACCAUGGCCAACACACCGCAGCCUCCUCACCUGCACUUGGCUGAAGUCACCGCGUCCCAGUUCCUCGACAUCUGGAAGCAUUUUGAUUCUGAUGGUAAUGGCUUUAUCGAAGGGAAGGAGUUAGAGGGUUUCUUUCGGGAGCUGGAAACAGCCCGGAGAGGAGCUGGCGUGGACCCAUCAAACCCAACAUUCAGAGAAAAGAUGAAGGAGUUCAUGCAGAAGUUUGACAAGAACAAAGACGGGAGGAUUGAGAUGUCCGAGCUGGCCCAGAUUCUCCCCACUGAAGAGAACUUCUUACUCUGCUUCAGACAGUUUGUCAGUUCCAGUGCUGAGUUCAUGGUGGCGUGGCGGCGAUAUGAUACAGACCGCAGUGGCUACAUCGAAGCAAAUGAACUGAAGGGCUUUCUGUCAGACCUCCUGAAGAAGGCCAACAGACACUAUGACGAGCAGAAGCUUACCGAGUACACACAGACUAUACUCAGGAUGUUUGAUCUGAAUGGAGAUGGGAAACUGGGCCUCUCAGAGAUGGCAAGGCUUCUUCCUGUUCAGGAGAAUUUCUUGCUCAAAUUCCAGGGUGUCAAGUUGACCAGUGAGCAGUUUAAUGCCAUAUUCACAUACUACGACAAGGAUGGGAAUGGCUACAUUGAUGAGCAGGAAUUGGAUGCUCUGCUUCGAGACCUUUGCCAGACAAACAAGACGGAGGCCGACUUGAAGAACCUGUCUGGUUACAAGCAGAGCAUCAUGAGCCUGUCUGAUGGAGGGAAGCUCUACCGCGGCGAGCUAGAAAUCGUCCUCUGCAAGGAGCCAAUUCAAUGACUUCUCAUCCUGUCUUACUGUGUAUCCUAAUCAUGUCUGACUGCCCUGCCCUCCGAGUAAAACACUCUCUCCCAGCUAGCUUCCCAACAGCAAAACACCAGGUGCAUGUGCCGGCUCUCCCAUUUCCUCUUAAAGCUACUACUUCUCAAUGGAUAACAAGUGCACAAUUGGCACAAAAUAGCGCAAUUGCAAAAAAAAAAAAAAAUGGCAUUGUUUUCUGUAACCUGAUCUCUCAACCCUAAGGUGACCUUUAUGAAAUAAUCAACUAGAUCUUGUAGUCCAUUUAAAGUACUUUGUAAUGCCAUGUUAUUAUUUAACUUUCGCUGUUCUUUUGUCCUAAUACUGUUAAAUGAACAUUUAAAUAAAACAUCUUAACAUGAAA